AUGGAGUCAAAGUCACAAACUAAUAUGAAUAAGAAAAAUUUCAGAUCUCAAUCUAAACCUAAUCAUAUUAGAAGACUUAAUUAUUCCAAUGAUAGCUCUGAAUUAGAAGAUGUUACAUCAGGCUCAGAGUAUCAACCUGAAAAUGAAUCUAGUUCUAGCGAUGAGAACUCUGAUUCUGACUUUGAAGAGUACAUUGAUCAAUCUGGCAAUGAAUCUAGUUCUAAUGAUUCUAUAUCAACAAAAUCAUACCAAAAUAUUAAUAUCAAAAAGAGAAAGAGAAAUGAAAAAGUUUAUUAUCCAGAAAGUGAAUCAGUUACUGAAGACUUAUACGUGGAAGUCAAUGAUAUAGAACAGCAGAAGAAUCUAAUGAGAAAAAAGUUAUCAGAAGAUUUUAACAAUAAUAAUGUUGAAUAUAAUUCUACAUCUGUUAUAUUAAAAGAUAAAUCAAAUCUAGAUCUUGAUACUAGUCAUGCAAAUAGCAGCUUAGAGCUGACAAUAAAUUUAAACUCUGUUGGUAAAGUUAUGAAGGAUUCAAAUAAAUUGUUAUUCGAUAGCAAAAGUGGAAUAAAAAAGAACUCAUGUUACUAUUGUACAAAAAAGAAACUUAAAACAAAAAAUAACAAAAUUAAAUCUCAGUUUGCAAAUUUAAACGAUCACUAUGAAAAAGCACACAAAAAUGAAGAUUUGAUCAUAAAACUAAAAAAGUAUGCCAGAACUGCACGUGUCAAAGGACAACCAUUGAAUGAUGAUCAAAAAAAAAGAAAACAAAUUCUUGAAUUACUCACAAGUAAAGCUAAUCACCUCAAUAACAUAAAUGCACAAGAAGUAUCUGAAAUAGUAGUUGUACGAAGACCCCGUGAAAAUUCUGGAUAUACAAUUAAAAACUAUGGAACAUGCUACAAAUGUUUCAAGAUGCUAUCCUUAACUUCAAUUCAUAAACAUGUUCAUACAUGUACUGGCCAAAGUUUUAUAAAAAAGCAUGUUAUAAAAUCCAGUUCUAGAGCUACACAAGGCAAUUAUCAUGCAAUUGCUAAAGCAGAUUCUAUUGAAAUAAUAUCAAAAAUGCGCAAUAUUAAUAUAGUUGAUGUAAUCAGGUAUGAUGAUGCAGUCUUUUUUUGGCUAAAUGCUGAGGCUCAAAAAUUUGAAACAGCAAGACAGCACCACAAGCAAAUUCGAGCCAAUCUAAGUAAACUAGGAAACUUUUUAAAUAUUAUCAAAGAAAUAAAUAUCAAUAUACAAGAAUUAAGCGACACAUUUCAUGAAGAUUUUUAUGAUGAUGUGAUAGAAGCAAUAAAAACAAUGGGUAAACCAGACCCAAUAACAGGUUUGAUGACUGCUCCUUCUUCGGCUCAUAACAUGUUUUUUCUUAUUAAUAAUGUAGCUUCUGUAUAUGAGAUAAUGAUAGGAACAAAACAAGAAGUAAAACGAAAACAAGUACAAGCAUUUUUAAAUAAAUUUAAAAAAAUGUGGCACAGUUCCAUUGGUAACACUAUUGCUGAAACUAUGGCUAUAUAUAAAAGAAAUAAUAAAAAAGAAUUACCUGAUCAAAAAGACAUAUUCUGCUUGGUGAAAUUUUUAGAAAAUUAUAUAAACACAGCACAUCAAAAUUUAAAUAAAGAAUAUUCACAUAAAAGUUAUGAAAAUCUCAGGGAUGCAUUGGUGUCCUACUUGCACAUAACUAAUUGUAGAAGGUCUGGUGAAAUUGAAAUGUUACGAAUAGAUGACUUCAGUAAAAUUGAUUUCAAGGAUGAUAAAUGUCGUAUUGAAGUUCGUGGCAAGAGAAAAAAGCCUGUACCAAUAGUUUUCAACAAGAUGAUAUACAACUAUUUAAAAUGUCUGAUACGACUAAGACCAAAAGCUCAAAUUUUAAAAGAUAAUCCUUUUGUUUUUGCCACAAUCUUAGAUGUGAGCAAGAAAAACUUUUCAUUUGUAUCAGCUUGUAAUUUGAUGGCCAAAUUUGCAGAUUUAUGUGGGGCUGAGAAGCCAGAGACUUUGAGAGGAACAAGAUACCGAAUGCAGAUGGCUACUGAGAGUUUAAAAAAGGGUAUUGAUAAUCAUCAGCUUGAGAAACUCACUGCAUUCAUGGGACAUACUAAAGGAAUUCACUGCCAGAACUACAGACAAUCAGUUUUAGAACGAGACUUAGAAGUAGCAAAUAGUAUUAAUACAGUUCAGUCUUGUAAGUCAAUGGGCAAAGACAAACCUGAGCAGCAAAAAGAAAAUCAGUCGACAGAGGCAUUAUCUGAAUCAAAUUUAUUGGAUGAAGCCUGUGAUGAAUCAGCUCAACAGAAUCAAGAUCAACAUGAAUUAAAGAGCAGAGUUUCAGGUCUUAAUUCUUCUUCAGGUAAUACACAGGUUUCUUAA